AUGAGUGAUACGAAAAAUUUCAAAAAAGAUUCUCCUAAUGCUACCACCUUAAACGAAAAAGCGAAGUAUGACGAGGCCGCCAUUAAUGAAUUUGUUAAAAAAAUUAAUUUAAAGGGUAUCCUUCCACCGAAAUUGCCACCAGCAAACAAAUUAGUAGUCGAGAAGUUAAAUAAAGAGGGAAUACCUAAAAGACCAAUGAACUGCUUUUUUUGUUUUAGACAUAUCCUUUAUCUGGAAGUUGUGAAGCAAAAUCUUUUACCGAUUGCAAAAGAUGGUGUGUUUAUUACAAAUGAAGCAACUAAAGUUUGGAAUGCCAUGGCUCCAAACGAUAAGGCUCAUUUCCAAAAGAUUGCAAACGAAAUAAAAAAAUUACAAUCGGAUUUCCAAGGUAAAAAUUAUGACAAGAAACCUGUUGCGACAACUUUUAAUAAUUCUGUUAUUAUCGACCAAAUUCUUCCAACUCAAUCGCUCAAUCAUAUAGAAAGUAUAGACAACCAUAUUCCUCCAACCCAAUUGCAACAUAUAACUCAAAAUUAUAUAAUAGAAACCCCUCAAAUUUAUCAUCAAAUCGCACCAAAUUAUCAUUCCGAACAGCAUAUAAUUUAUCCUUAUUACACUUACCCGGUAUUAGAAUAUCAGAAUGUUUCUGAUUUCUGA